GACGACAAACCGUUGACAAAGAAACGUUUAAGGUUAAGUAGAAACUAUUAUAUCGUAGACUCUACGCAAGGUAAUGGAUAUCUUAUAAAAGCUGCUGACGACUCCAUUGCAUUUUACCCUCGUCAUAAAUUAGUCGAAAGUAGUAAUGGCAAACUUGCUGAAACCAUUGACGAAGCAAAGCGAGGAGUGGUUAUUGAAAUACUUGGCUAUAACAUAAACGAUGACACUUAUAAAGUAAGAUAUGAAGGAGGCGUUGAAGAUGUUAUACCAUCUAAGAACUUGAGAGAAUCUAAACCAACUCAUCUGGGUCCAUUAGAGCGGGAGUACUGGAAAGAUAAAAACAUGCCAGAAAGAAUAAGAAAAUUCUUCUAA